GCUGUGAGGAUGCUGUGGUGUCCCCUGUGUCCUCUCUCCUCGCAGGCUGAAGUGGAGGAAACCCUCAAGAGGAUUCAGUCCCACAAAGGGGUUGUCGCGACUAUGGUUAUAAAUGCCGAAGGAAUUCCAAUAAGAACAACUCUUGAUAACUCCACAACAGUCCAGUAUGCUGGUCUUCUUCAUCAGCUCACCAUGAAAACUAGGAGCGCAGUGAGAGAUAUCGAUCCUCAGAAUGAUCUAACCUGUCUUAGGAUCAGAACAAAGAAACACGAAAUUAUGGUUGCUCCAG